GUAACAUUUUCAAAAAGCGUGCUUUUCUAUUUGGGUUUUCUUUUAGGAAAAGCAGAUUCUGAAAUCCCGUUUAUUUUGGUUAAACCCCUCUUAUUAAGCAAGAUGAAUAUGGGGUUGCAGCACAGUAUUCAGAAAUAUUCUGUAAAUAAAACUUCCGCCUUACUGUGUACUGGCACACGUUGGCUGCUGGCACAUCAUCCAGGUGGGCUACACAUUGGUGGUGGAGGGUCACCAUUACCCGUACAGAGCUUUGAGAGGAGGGUCCAGAAAAGUGUAGCGUUAUUAUUAUAUAAUGUUUUUCUCCAUUAAAAAAAAAUAAUACAAAUGUAGAUAUAUCUACAUGCCCACAUAGGUAAUUGCCAAUAGGAGGAGACGAUGUAUUUUUCACUGGAGGUUUAGGAAGCCACUGCAGUUUGUUCUUCAUAUACAGUACGGUGGCUGAACUUAUUUAAUUGGAUAUAUGUAAUGCUUUUACUUGCUCUCAAGCAGCUGGACAUUAAAAGACCUAUAAAACCUGUAGCCUUCAAUGAUUGCAGUGGUUCUUUUGGUUUAGCGGCUCUUUCUUCUUUGCCGGUCAUUGGGAACACAACAGAGCUCUUCAUUCUCAGCCAGCAAAUCCCAAAAGGGAUUUGAACCGGUGUCUGCUUGCUCAAGCACACCACUGUUUAUUUCAGCGAGGUGAGUACCAUUGCUUCUUUGAAUGUGCAGUAUCUUGGACAGGAGUAGUCAAACCUCCAUUCAUUGUUAUUAUCUGGCAUUGAAUGUUUCAAUAAGGUAAUAACUGAAUUGAGCCUUAAUUGCUUAAUUAACUAAAGAGCAGAACAUUAUAUUGAAUGAUUGACUGGAGCAAAGACUUACAAUGGAAUCAAAUUGAAGUAUCAAUUGAUGUAAGGUUGAUUUACCCCUUACCUAAGCUGUGAGGUUAGUGAUCAUAAGUACAAAGAAGUUUUAGCCUGAAUGGCUAAGUAACUCUAGGCUUGAUGGAACUAUUCUUAGCUUAUUUCUAUUUUUUCAUUCGUGCAAAAAAUCCCUCGUCUUUGCACGCUACAAAAAUACUAGGAGGUGUCCCCAGUGAAACUAUUCCACAGAACAUUGUCUUCUUGCAUGCUCUGUUGUAUUCCGGUGCUACUUCAUUCACAUUCCUUCCAUAGAAACUCCAUAGAAGAGCCUCUCGCUGGCAGGAUUUGUUUAGGAAUGAAUUGAAUUUUAGACUUCCCUGAACAUUUUUGCCAUUUUGCAUUGUGUUCAACAUUUAACCUUUGUCCUCAGAACUUUAUAUAAUAUUAAACUGUGAAGGUGAUAAAUUGUAUUUCGCAGAAUCCUCCUUGUAAUGUUCUACUACAUAUUUAAAAAAAACGUUAUUUCAGUUAGAAAGGAAAGCUAAUGGAAUAUAGGCUAUCCGUAUUCCUCAGUACCGUGCUUUCUCUGAACUUCAUACACACAAGAGAUAAGAAAAUGAAGUUCCAUAGAAAUUAAGCUCUAAUAGGAAGUGUGCUUGAUUUAGAUAGUUGAUUUCUGCCAAUGCAUUUUUGGCUCCUGUGGGAUUGUCUCUUGGUGUAUGAUGUGUGAAGUGAAGCUAUUUUAGUUUUACUUUUACUGAAAUCCUUGGGCCAUGCCAUAGUGCCUUUGUAUGGUCCUUUCUUCUCAAAGGUCUGUGGUGCCAAAUAGAAACAGGAAUUAAUUUGAAGGUCUGUUCAGACAGCUGCAAUAUGUGCUUAUUAUUUGCAUAAAAUAACUAUUUCUGUAUAAAACAGAUUACAGCUAGUAGUAGAAACAGCUAGUAUCGUUAAAAAUCAUCGUAUUGUUACUUGUUUAAAUGCUUUGAAUGAAAGUCAUUUCUUCCUUCAGGGUCAAUGAUGGCUGUCAGUGACAAUGUUCUCCAGAACUUUUUCACCAACUUGGAGAUAGUUGAAGGACGACUUCUGAAUGCAUAUUUUGCUUUCUGCCUGAUGUUGACAGUAGCCACUGCUGCACCAGCAAAGACCUACAAAAUUACAGAAUACAGCAAGGCUAAAAACUUAACAAACCUCCUGAGAAAAAACAUGAACCACCUCCUAAUUCAAUAUGUUAACUUGACACACUUUCAGCAAGAGCUGUGCACGGGCAUGGAGUCUAAGUCUGACCUCCAGAUUUUAAACAAGUCGAAGAGUGAUAAAGAGAAACUUGCCCAUGUGAAAAAUGGGCUUGCCUUCAUCAAUGUCACACUGCAGAAGAUUUAUCUCAUGGAGCAACAGGAUCAAAAUCCCUUAGAAAAAGAUUUUCACAGUAAUCUGGCCGUGGCUGCUUCAAGGACUGAAGACCUGAUUUCUCACGUGGACAGCAUUUGGCACAACUUGUAUAAUACUCCUGGUCCCAAGAAAGAAAUACAUUUUAACUACCCCGCAGAUGGCUUUAAAAAGAAGAAAUGGACCUGUUCAGUGCUCAAACAGUCCUCAUCAUUUCUUGUUUGGGUAUCGUCUGUGAUUUCCCACCUCGAAGCCUCAUGUUAUUAAAGCUCGGAUGCUGUAGGAGGCCUGUGUUGAGUCUGCCCCCUACAACACUCAGUAAACUGUGUUGUAAGUAAUGCUGGCAGUCCAGUAGGUGGCAGCUCUCUGCGUGCAACAGAAUGUAAAUCUGGAAAAUUGUAUUCAAACCUGGAAUGAGAAUGAGUUUUCAAAAGUUUUGUAUUUUACUUAUUCCUAGAUUCCUUGAACAUUUGGAAGUACAAUGGACGUGUGGAUGACAACGGAACUUUCUUUGCACACUAUGUUUCUUUGCACACUUCAGGCAAUUGAAUGUAUUUUUAGCAUUUUUAAGGAAAGAUAUAUUUUUCUAAAAAGAGCCUCCUAAGAAGUUUUAGUUUAUAAGAAUCAGUUGUCAAUAUCAGGGAUGUGUCUUAUAUGAGCACCAUAUGUAAAUUGUAGAUAAAGGUUGUGCAUUUUGCAUUACUUUUUUCAACCUGCCCACAUCCCAUUGGUGAAGUAAGUCAGUCCCUGUAUAGGAAGAAAGUAGCUGUGACAUGCAAGGGGAUUUUCUGUGUGUUUCUGUGUAAAGUAAAAACCACUUAACAGUUCAGACAAUUCACAACUGAGAUACUUUUUUAAAUACUGCUAUUUAUUUAUUUGUUGUAUUUAUGUUUAUUAUAACU